AAAUCUCUUCCAUUCAUACAUAUAUAUAUAUCUAUCUGUCUGUCUCUGUCUCUUCAUCUUUCAUCUUUCAUACCUCUUCCCUCACAUUCCAACCCUUCUGACAUCAGAUCAUCUGACUAUCACCAUGGCCAGCCAAAAGGAUGAGAACAUUCAGGUCGUCGGACACGAGAGAUUCGGAUUCGACUCUCGAGCAGAGACUAAGACUCUCCGAAGCUUGUACUUGAGCCCCAGCGCCAACAAGGACCUUGAUGCCAACUCCCAGAACCAGGAGUACGGAUCUCAAUCGACCUACGACAAGGCCAGCAACACUGUCAAGUACACCACCUUGGCAAACUUCCCCCCUGUCAGGCUCUUGCCCAACUCUGAGCGAAAGCGAAUCCUUGUCACUGGAGGUGCCGGUUUCGUCGGAUCUCACUUGGUCGACCGACUCAUGCUCCUCGGACAUGAAGUCACCGUCCUCGACAACUUCUUCACCGGUUCACGAACCACUGUUUCUCACUGGGUCGGUCACCCCAACUUUGAACUCGUCCGACACGAUGUCGUGGAGCCCUUCCUGAUCGAAGUUGAUCAAAUCUACCACCUUGCCUGCCCUGCUUCUCCCCCUCACUACCAAUACAACGCCGUCAAGACCUUGAAGACUUCCUUCCAAGGAACUUUGAACAUGCUCGGUCUCGCCAAGCGAACCAAGGCUCGAUUCCUCAUCUCCUCCACCUCUGAGGUCUACGGUGACCCCGAGGAACACCCCCAGCGAGAAGACUACUGGGGUCACGUCAACUGUAUCGGACCUCGUGCAUGCUACGAUGAAGGCAAGCGAGUCGCCGAGUCCUUGACCUACGGCUACAGCAGACAGGACGGUGUCGAAGUCCGUGUCGCGCGAAUCUUCAACACCUUUGGACCUCGAAUGAACCCCUACGAUGGACGAGUCGUCUCCAACUUCAUCAUCCAAGCUCUCAAGGGAGAAGACAUGACUGUCUACGGAGAUGGAAGUCAGACCCGAUCUUUCCAAUACGUUCACGACCUUGUCGACGGUCUCAUCCUCCUCAUGAACAGUGACGAGGAGCGACCCGUCAACUUGGGUAACCAGGAUGAAUUCACCAUCCUCGAAUUCGCCGAGGCCGUCAGGGACAUUGUCGAGAAAGUCCAGAAGGAGAAGGGCAACCCUCUCGCCAAGCGAGUCAACAUCAUCCACAAGGAGAUUCCUCAGGAUGACCCCCAGAGACGACGACCCGACACCACCCGAGCCAAGGAGACACUCCAAUGGCAACCCCAGUGGUCCGUCAGACAAGGUGUGGAGGAGAUGGUCCGAUACUACUACACCCAGAUCGAGGAGAAGAAGCUCUAAGCGGAUAAACAGAGUUGGAUGACCUCCGUGCUUGCUUGCUCUCUUUCUCUUUCAUUUUUCAACACAGUUUACGACAUCAUACCUGAUUCAUUCCUGAUUACCUUGCAUCUCAGCCUGGUAAGACAUUCCUUUCCGGACACAUAGAGGGGCUGCCCACAUGCAUUUUUCAAC